GAGCCGGGAGUUCCCUCAUCGCUCCCUGCGCCUGGUGAGCUUCGAGGAGUCCCUCAGCUACUUGCCGGAGCGCCUGCUCGGCCGCGGCAAGCAGGCAAAGCAGGAGAAGAUCGUUCUCGAUACCGUGGAUAAUGCGGAGGGCUUGGAGCAGCUUGUGGUCGUUUGUGUUGGGCUGGAUGCUCCUAUUCGGCGCCACCUGGAAGACUUACAGACACGCUCACGGCUCUAUAGAGGCUUAACGAGAGCACAGCUCUUGGCCAUCGUGGUCAAUGAAAGGGUGCAGGGAGGUUGGCUAGAGUUCUUAGGCAUGGUGACAUUCUCUGAGUCCUCUGAUGUCGCGGUUGCAGAGAAGGAGUCUGUCCAGAGAAUCCAAAAGGCCGCUGCCAAAGUGCAUGAAGAAGCCCUGCAGACCGUGGUGGAGAGCCCUGCGGAGGCUCAGGGUGCUCCGGCGGGUGCGAGUGCAGUCGCAGGCGCAUCCCAAACAGUUGGCGAUGACCAAGCUUUCGUGGAGAGUGCUCAGCCGGACGAUAGCACGCAGCAGAUGCACGAGACCUCGACAGUCUGGGAUACCAGUGGCAACACCAUGUCCAAGCCGACGAGCUUGCUUUUCCACCCCUUCUUCUCGACAGAUGAGGUGGGCCCGCGUACCCUUCGCCCCACGGAUCCACUUCUUUGUCUCUUUGUCUCUCCCUCUCUCUUUGUCUCUCUCUCGCUCUCUCUGGCUCUCUCUCUCUCUCUCUCUCUCUCUCUCUCGCUCUCUCGCUCUCUCUGUCUCUCUGUUUUUUUGUUGUUUUUGGCUGCUAUUCGUGUUAAUUGA